AUGUCUGACGCCGGCAGCAAGUCUGACAUCAGCGAUUACAAAAACCCAACACCCCCGCCUGCUGGACCGACCGAUCCUGUCAACCCAUACGAUCCCAGCUUAUGGCCGCCGCUUCCACCAUCUCCCGACAUCCAGCCUGGUACCGACGACCCCUUCGCCGCAUCGGGCGAUCCUCCCCCUCCCAGCACGAACAAAGGCAAGGCCCCCAUCCGCCCACGAGAGGGUGCCCGCGAGCCUUCCCCGAUAAACAAUGUGACUGUACCUGCGAAAGCGCCGGCCCCUGGAAACGGCAACACUAUCCGCGUACCGUCGCUCCGCAUACCUCCUCGCAGUGGCGAGUCGAGCGGCAGUGGGACUGGCGGCACUGGGUCUAACAGACCUCACCCCAUUCUCCAGGCUGGUGGCACCGAGCCCAGCAGCCCAAGGCUCACUGUUGAGACUGGCGGAAAUGGGGCCAACAGCCCACGGCCUAGCGCCCAGGCUGGCAGCACGGGACCCAGCGGUCCUCCGCCCAUCAGUUCUCGGCCCAAUGCUAAUCCUGCGCCGGGCACAGCGCAGCGUCACAACCCCGUCAGUAACCCUCAGCCCAUCUCCCAAUCGAGCGACAGUGAAGGGAACCAAUCUAGCAAUCAAGUAAGUCCAAUCCCUGGUUUCUCCAGUAACGAUCUCCAGAAGAGGGCUGACGACAAGCACAAGCGGCCGUUAGCCUUUCGCAGGUCGUUCCGCGUGUUCCCUUACAAUGACGAGAACGCAAUGUAUCCUCCGUUGGGGGGUGUUAUGAAGGCAUUGGGCGAAGGACGAGCGGCCAACGAGCUUUGGUUUCGUGAGCCAUUCAUGACUAGGCGGUCUAUCGAGAUGGUCUUGGACCUGAGGUGUUACCCAAAGGAGCUUGCCAUGGAGCCGCUGCUGAACCGUCCGUGGCAGUAUUGGCGACAGCUUCUGAUCGACGUGCUCCAAUUUCUCGAUUACGAGGGCGCUGCUAGACAGAUCGAGGCGCUCCGCGGCUACAUUGCCGAGGCGAUAUUCACCUACCGCAUGAGCCCCGACAGCGCUCUCAUGGCAGCCUGCCUCCUCAACAGCCCCUCGCUUGUCACCAGCAUCAUCCGGCAGUUUCCCGACUUCCUCUGGGCCCCGGUCGAGGGCAAAGAUGGGCCGGGCUGGGCUCACCGUUCACUGUUCGUCGUGUCCGGCGCACCAAAGGAGUUUGCUGAGGCGCUGCCGUUCCAGUAUUAUCAAGCUCUGAACUAUGCGAACCGCUUCGCUCACCCUGUGGGGUGCCCGGCAAAGUUCUGUGACGAGUUCUGGGAAGCGCUCCUUAGGUUUUGGCCGGAUACCGAACCGGUCCCGACCACACCCACGGCUGCAGUUUCAGUAUCCCGGACAAGGGGGAUGGUGCGCAUGUCCGCCAACGACCCAACGACGAAGCACCACCGGUAUCCGGAGACGAUCGCCGGACGACCCGUCCGCGAAGGGCCUAAGGAUCUGCUAGGUCCCCUGGCCUACCUCAACACCCCUGACGGGUGGGUCGUGAAGUCGAGCGAUGUGGAGUUCAGGGAGAGGGUCCCACAGCACGUCAUGGACAGGCCCACGCGGCAGGCGCCUACAUCCUCAGACGGGGGAGUACAGCCGGUACCGAAGCAGACGCAGAUUCGAGAGAAGGACAACGUCAAUCAGCAGCCGACCGACGAAGGACCUGGUAUCGAUAUGCGUUCCGAAGGGGAGGAAGAGGUGGACGAGCUGGACGAGUCGUCAGCGGAAGCUGAAAAGGGAGAGUCUGAGGAAGGAGAAGACGACGGUAACUCCGACAAUGACGAGGAUGGUGACUACGAGGAUGAGAAGAGUGGCGGCAAGCGGAAGAGAGCCGCCAAGGCACCCACUGUCAGGCGAUCGGGCCGCAUCCAAAGCAAGUCUCGAAAUGCCUCGACAGCACCUUCUGAAGCUACACCGGCGCCCCCGACGCGAGGGGGCAAGGCUUCGGCCAAGGCGUCGACGUCGAAGGCUGCUGCAGGUCGAAAGCGGAAGGUAGUCGAGUCGGAGCAGCCCGAAGAGAGGUCCGCUUCUCCGCCAAAGCUGCAGAAGAAGAACCCUCCGAAGACGCGGGCCGCACCGAAGAAGGGGAAGAAGUGA